CCCUUACCAUGUUGGCCCAAGCAUUUGUGUGUCAAGUGCCUAUGUGUGUGCUUUUCCUGGCCGGACUUCCCUUGCCAUCACAGCUUGCCCCUCAGCCCUCAUAAUGCGACAGUCGAGGCAGUCCACGUUCGCGGAGCUCGCGACAGUCCGCGACCCACUCGCGAGGCGGCGCCUAAUCGCUUUCCUCAGCGUGCACUUCCUCGCGUGGGGGUCCGAGAUCUUCGCCAUCGUGAAUUUCGCCCUGUCUGGGGACACGUGGUUCUGUGGCUUCCUUCUGCUGACCUACCUGUUCUCAGGGGCGUUCUGUGCUCAUGCAGCCUGGCACUGCGAAGUGCCCCAGCUGAAUUUCUGGUGCCAGGUGCUGCCGCUUAAAUCGCAGCCAUGGCCAAAGCGGUUGCCACUGUUGCUGUUGCUCGGCAUCGGGCAGGGUAUCAUCUUAGUCCUGGCCCUCGAGGAGUUCUACAACCGCCGCCGCGAUGAAGCUGGGAGUGGGGAUCUCGAGACGGCCCCUCGCGGUGGGAUCGUACGCGAGGCGGGGGCCGCCGCAGUGGGCGCCGCUGGUGCGGGCGGCGGGUCUGGGGCUGCUGCGGGUGAGGCGCUGGAGCUCGGGCCUCGAGCGGGAUCUGUGGAGUCCGUCGCGGAGGCCGCCGCUGAGCGGGCGCGGGAGGCGCCGACAACGGCCUCCAACAAGUUCCACUGCAAGGCGGUGAACGGGCUCUUCGAGGGCCUGCUGUCGUCUGCCGUGAUCCUCUACGCCUACUGGAGCCUGGACUUCCCGUGCGGCAGGGACUGCCUCCCAGAGAAUGGCAGGUGCACCGAGGUCAUCACGAAGCGCAGCGGGCCUUUCGCGGAGUACGAGAGGACGCUGGUGGGCUUCGUGGGCGUCGUGUCCUUCCUGGCGGCGGGCCUGGGGCUGUUGGAGAUGGACUUCUGCACCUCGCGCACCAUCGCGAAGCGGAUUCGCAAGAGUUGUCGUUACGAGGCCUUUCACUUGUUGUUUCGCUCCUGCGAGGUUGCGUCGAAAGUGAGUUGCUUCAUUCUCUUCAUGGUAAUCACGAGGAACUUUACUACGUUUUGGUGGGCUCCACUCGCGCUGGAUUUCUUUCUUACAGUGAUUAUGGUGCUGGUCUUCGGUGGCAACGACACGUUUCUGGUGAGCAUGCUUGUGAGUAUUCCGUGCACAUUCGCCGACGUUUUCGCGUUCAUCGACACGCCGUACAAGAUCCGGGCGGCCACCCGGCUGUCGCGCGCGCUGAACAUCAAGCACGCAGUGUGGGUCUGGUUGUUGCUGCCAGGCCUGGCCUGCUUGAUAUUGCUUCCACGCGAGAAUGGCUUGACUGACAUGCAGAACGUUCUCAAGUUCAUGUGGCAGCAGCACUACCUGAUGAUAAUCGGUGUUCUCAUUGCGGUGUUAUUGCAUCAUUUGUUUUUGUUCUGUAUGGUAUGUACAUUUCAACGGUGCGACCCGGCGUGCAUCCACAAUGGCGGACAUAUAUUCAGCUUGUGUGGGUGGUGAUGUAGAAGACGUGAAGUCUGCCAUACGGGACCUCACUCAGAGUGCGGCCGUCGGCGUGGACAUCAACAAGCCGGACAUCGAUGGCAACACGCCGCUGGCGCUUGCCGCGGGCGCAGGCCACGCGAGCGUGUGCUUACUGCUGAUAAAGGAGGGUGCUUGCGUGUGCUCCCGCAUCAUGGCGGACGACCGGCCGCUCCGCGGGUGCUUGCGUGAGCAUGUGCGGCUCCGCUGGACGCCCCUGCACAUUGCUGCCGCCCGCGGGCACCGCGACGCGGCCAGGGUGCUCGUGAAGACGACCGAGCGCCCCGCGCCAGGUCAGCCAGAGCACUUCGAGGACCAGAACGGGGACACCCCCCUGCACGUGGCCGCGAGAUACCGUCGCGAGGACGUGGCCCAGGUGCUGGCGGCCUCGAGGCCAGACUGGCGAGACAGAAGCAACAGAAGGGGCGAGACCCCUGGCGACCUCGCAAGCCGCGUCCCUUCGGUGCUUCGGGCCAUGCACCCGCUGUCGGCCGAGCCUCCGCUCUCCCUCCCGGAGCGCGGGGGCCGCGCACCGCUGCUGGAGGAACGGGACUCGGAGGGGAGACUCAUCCGCAGCAGCUCCGACGUGUCCCGGACCUCCGAGGAGAGGAAGUCCAUGGAAUGGAGUGAGGAAGUCGUGAAAAUCAAGCGGCUGACACCCAAGGACGAGCUCAUUGCUCCAGGGCUCUGCUCCUAUGUCGCCAGCAGCUGCGGCGGCGCGCUCGGCAAGAUCUUCCUCGCCCAGGUGCAGGUGGCGCCGGCGCGCGACGAGGCCGCCUCCACCGCCGAGCCGGACGGCGGGCAAGCGUCUCGCGACACGAGCUUCUCGACGCAGUCGCAGGGGUCCUUCCAGCAUCACGACGAGGGCCUGCCCAGCGUCUCGGAGCUGAUCCACCUGCAGCCGGUGGGUGCCGACCUCCAGCCGGUCGCCUGGUGGCAGGCACAGCUCAGCGACGCAGGCGUGGGGGCCGCCAGCGUCAACCAGGUCCUGGGUGCCAGCUUUGCGCGGCUGUCCAUCUGGCCGCCGACGGUGGCGGAGCUCGGCCGCGGGACCUACGGGGUCGUCUGGAGGGGGAGGCACACACAGACGGGGGCAAGGUACGCCGUGAAGAACAUCCAGACGGCCGGGAGCCAGGGCAGAGGGGCCGUGGCGCGGCGGGAGUUCGAGGUCGCGGACCGCAUCCGGGUGAAGCCCCACCCCUGCAUCGUGCAGCUCCACCACGUGCACCACUUCACGGAGGCGGCGCUGUACGUGCUCGUGAUGGAGUUCUGCCCUGGUGGCGACUUGGUGGCCCAGAUCCGCGGUGCGAAGGCCAGGGCGAGAGACGCCCGCGGCAACUACGAGCCGCCGCCGCAGGCCAUCUCGUGGAUCGGGCAGGUGUUCCUGGGCCUGGAGCACAUGCACCGCCGCAUGGAGACGUUGCUGCGGGACCUGAAGCCCGACAACGUAGUACUCAGUUCCGACGGCAACGCCAAGCUGACAGAUUUCGGUUUCGGUCGCUUCGGGGUGCAGUCCUCCGGGGCCUGGUCCUUCGGAAUCCCAACGGGUAGCCCUGGCUACGUUGCACCCGAGGUGCUACGGCAGGAGACAACCGGUCCGGCGGCUGACCUCUAUUCGCUCGGUGUGUUGGUGUGGGUGCUGCUGACGGGCGGUGUGACGACGAAUGCGGUAGAGCCUUGCCCGCCAGUGAACACGCGCAAGAACAAUUUGGAUUUCGGGGCUCACAAUGACGACUUCAAGCUCCUCGCUGCCUGCCUCAAGUAUCCGCAGCGUUACAACGCGCAGGCGUUGUCGCAGGACCCGAAGGACUUCGUGGCAAGGCUCACCGAGCGCAGUCCGGACAGACGGAUGACGCACCAGCAGAUCCGCCAGCACCCCCUGCUGCUCCCGCUCGGUCUGCCGAGCUUUCGCGACGGCCCCUCAAGGGUCGGCCGCUGGCUCCAGGGCGCCCCGCCCGCCUCCCGAGCCUCCACAUCCGCAGCGCCGAGCCGGGGCACUGCGCCGCCCGCGCCCCCCGCGGCGCCCCCGCCGCGGCCCGGCGCGGACGCCGGCCCGCCGGCACGGGCGCCCCGCGCUGCAGGCCCGGCGCCCCCGGAGGACCGCGGCUCCUCCGGCGGCUCUGCCGCGCUGGAGCCGCAGGGCCCCGGCUCGGGCGGGCCCGCGCUGGAGCCGCGGGGCGGCCCCGAGGGGUGCGAGCUCCCGUCGACGGGUCACUGACUCUCAAGCAGACUGCCGGGACGGUCGGUCCCUGCUCAAGACUCGGGUAUCCUCCCGCCCCUCCUGGCAAGGGCCAGGGGGGGCUGCAGGGCCCGGCGGCGCCGCCCGCUCUGGGGCCGACGUCGACGUGGCCGUUCGCGCCGCCUUCCUGGCUCGCCUCGCGGGCUCCUGGCGGCGGCCGCGUUGGGUUAGCUAGACUAGUUCUGCGUUCGAUUCGUGCCGCUGCAGGACUGCGGUGGAUUAGUUCUGCGCGGCCCCAAGCCAGGUCCAUCACAUGGGACGCGGGACACGGUCGGCAUGCGCUGGCUUCCGAUGCACUUGCCUUCGGCUUUGUGUGGCAAA